AACUAAACCCGCAGGGUUGAUCGGGUGUCCAGCCACCGCCAGGACCUGCAUCCCUGUUUGUAUUUAGGGGACCCUCUGUCCUCCCGAGGCCCGGGAACCCUGCAGUGCCGUCACCUGGUGAUGGAGCGCUCGACUCCUCCCCGAGAGGAGCGCCCCGAGCCCCCGGGCCGGAGAGGCGUCUUGGCUGCCAGGCUCGUGGGCCUGCUUUUCCUUCAGGCGGUGCCGUGGGCCUCAGGUGCCCGCCCCUGCAGCCCUAAAAGCUUUGGCUACAGCUCGGUGGUCUGUGUCUGCAAUGCCACGUACUGUGACUCUCUCGACCCCCUGACCCUGCCCGCCCCCGGCACCUUCAGCCGAUUCGAGAGCACGCGCAGCGGGCGCCGGAUGGAGCUGAGUCUGGGGCCCGUCCGGGCCAACCGCACGGGCACAGGGCUGCUACUGACCCUGCAGCCAGAUCAGAAGUUCCAGAAAGUGAAGGGAUUUGGAGGGGCCAUGACGGACGCCGCUGCCCUCAACAUCCUUGCCCUGUCACCCCCUGCCCGGAAUUCGCUACUCAAAUCCUAUUUCUCUGAAGAAGGAAUCGAGUACAACAUCAUCCGGGUACCCAUGGCCAGCUGUGACUUCUCCAUCCGCACCUACACCUACGAUGACAGCCCUGACGACUUCCAGUUGCGUGACUUCAUCCUCCCCGAGGAAGAUGUCAAGCUCAAGAUACCCCUGAUUCACCAGGCCCUGGAGCUGGCCCCACGCCCUGUGUCACUCUUCGCCAGUCCCUGGACGUCCCCCACUUGGCUGAAGACCAACGGGGCAGUGAACGGGAAGGGGUCACUCAAGGGGCAGCCGGGAGAUCUCUACCACCAGACCUGGGCCAGAUACUUUGUUAAGUUCCUGGACGCUUACGCGGAGCACAAGUUACGGUUCUGGGCAGUGACGGCGGAGAACGAGCCUUCUGCAGGGCUGUUCAGCGGGUACCCCUUCCAGUGCCUGGGCUUCACCCCUGAACACCAGCGAGACUUCAUCGCCCGGGACCUGGGUCCCACCCUCGCCAACAGUACGCACCGCGACGUCCGUCUGCUCAUAUUGGACGACCAGCGCUUGCUGCUGCCUCGCUGGGCCCAGGUGGUGCUGGCGGACCCAGAGGCGGCUAAGUACGUUCAUGGCAUUGCUGUGCAUUGGUACCUGGACUUCCUGGCUCCUGCAAAGGCCACCCUAGGGGAGACACACCGCCUGUUCCCCGACACCAUGCUCUUCGCCUCGGAGGCCUGCGUGGGCUCCAAGUUCUGGGAGCAGAGCGUGCGACUGGGCUCCUGGGACCGAGGGAUGCAGUACAGCCACAGCAUCAUCACGAACCUUCUCUACCAUGUGGUCGGCUGGACAGACUGGAACCUCGCUCUGAACCCCGAAGGGGGACCCAACUGGGUGCGUAACUUUGUCGACAGCCCCAUCAUCGUAGACAUCACCAAAGACACGUUUUACAAACAGCCCAUGUUCUAUCACCUUGGCCACUUCAGCAAGUUCAUUCCGGAGGGCUCGCAGAGAGUGGGGCUGUUGGCCAGCGAGAAGAACGGCUUGGACACGGUGGCGCUGACGCGCCCCGACGGCUCUGCGGUCCUGGUCGUGCUAAACCGCUUCUCCCUUGCUUCCCCAGCUCCCCGAAGGACGUGCCCCUCACCAUCGAGGACCCUGCCGUGGGCUUCAUGGAGACGCUGUCCCCCGGCUACUCCAUUCACACAUACCUGUGGCGUCGCCAGUGAUGGGGCAGAUACCCAAGCAGCGCCUGGGGUCGGCAGGGGCAUUAAAGGGACAGAGUCAGCUCACACGCUGUCUGUGGCUACAGAGGGUAUACGAGGGCCAGGGCGAGCUUAGGUGACGUAAGCCCAGGGGCCGUGGUUUGCGUGACUCACUCUCCCCCUGGUGGGUGCCAGGGCCUGGAGGCCCCUAAAGGGAGCACAGGGAAGCCCCGGCGGCCCCGCCCCCCCGCCUGUGAGUGUGUGCUAUGUGCUGGCUCCCGUGGAAACUGGGCCCGGGCCCAGGGUGAGCUCACUGUCUGUAUGGACGCAAGCUGGGGGCGGGGGAGGCCGAGGAAAGGGAGAUCAGAGAAGCUGGGCCCCAAACGGGCGUGUGGGGGAGGGGGGGGGACUGUGUCUUUCGUGGGCCGUGCGGAAGCAGUCACGGAGUCAGGGCACAGGCAGCCGAGAAGCCAGGCACUGGUGGGGGGCGGGGGGGGCUCAGGCACCCGAUGGCCGCCCCCCCACCAGCCAGCAGCUCCUGGAAAGAUGACGGUCCCUUAAGAAAGAGAAUAUGCGACUGCA